AUGUGGAGUUUAUUGACUGCAAUAAGCGUGAUUGAAGUGUUCAUUAUUGUUGCUUAUGUGGCUGUACUGUGCAAAGCCAAGAAAACGGGGAGUCAGAAGGAAGGAGCCAAAACUAAAGAUGAAUCUGCAGCAACAGAAAAGACGGCAGACGUGAACCUGAAAAGUGAGAAGGGGCGAAAAGAAGAUGAGCAUAAGAAAAGUGAAGGCGAGGGAAAAGAGGGAUCGAGAAAAGAGAACAAAGAGAAUGAAGCAGACGCCAAGGAAAACGAAGAAAAAAAAGAGAAUGAGAAAAAAAAUGAAGAAAACAAGGAAGAGGAGAAAAAGGAAGAAGAGAAAAAGAAAGACCACGAAAAGGAAGGUGAGGAAAAAGAUAACGAAGAAAAGCAUGAAACUGAAAAAGAGAAUCAAAAGAAGGAGGAAAAUGAGAAAGAGGCUGAAAAGAAGGAUGAAGAGAAGAAAGAGAGCAACAAAAAGAAAGAAAAUCAUAAGGAACCAGACGAGAAAGACGAUCAAGAGGAGGAUAAGAAAGAAAAGAAAAAUAACGAGAAACAUGGAGACAAGAAAGAAGAAGAGGAAAAAGGAGAUAUAACAUAUAGCCCAAAAGAGUUAAUAUUUACAACAUCUGGAGGUACUGUAAAAUUAAUCACAAAGAACAAUACUGAUGAAAGGCAGGCACUGAAAGUUAAAUGCUCAGACAACAAGCUGUAUCGAGUAAAUCCGGUAUUUUCAUUCGUGGAGCCGGGAGUGGAGCAAGUUAUUGAGGUUAUUAGACAAGGUGGAAAUCCGAAAACAGACAAACUUGUGCUUGUGCAUACACCUGUAAGACUAUUCAUUCUUGCUUGUUUAUACUUUGCUCAAAAAAUUUCCUGCAUGUUUUCAAACUGA